AUGAGUGACCAAAACCAAGCAUCCGCGGAGCAGACGCUCUCAGUUUCGGAUAUACCGGCCUCCAAUUCGGGAGGAUUGGAUCUUCCUCCGUUGGACCAGGUCCUCUCCGACCUAGGCCCUCUUCCAGCAUCAUCAGAUGAAGCCACUACGUCAGUGUCAUCCGAAGAAGACCAAGCUCUUUUCAACUCCCUGCAAAGUGCCCUCAUGGAAGCGGAAAACAGCCCAGAUGAUGGCAAUCUCUCUUCGCUGGAGACCGUCCCAACCAUCUUAUCCAAGCUAUGGAGUUGCAGAUCGCGCUACCUGCCGCAGGCUGCGGAGGCGUUGGCAAACGGGAGUCGAAACCCGUCAUGGCGACUUCCAUACGGGCAGACUGGGAUCUUGAAUUUCUUUCUUCAACUGCUUUCUUCGAAUGCAGAUGUUGAUACCGGCGUCCGACUUCAUUCUUUGCGGCUAGUGGGCAAUUCCUGCGCGGAUACCGAUGAUAAUAGAGCCGUCGUCGUAAAGGACAACUACACCGCUGUCAUUCUUCGGCAACUGCGGAACCCUGAACUUGUCAAAGUGGUGAUUCCUGUUAUAUACAACCUUUGCGUUGAUAACGAACCUUCCCAGUCGCAGGUGGCUGCGAACAAAAUCGUGUAUAUCAUUUUGAAGCUACUAAAGGAUGGCGCUUUUGAAGACAACGAUACCCUUCUCACCUUUGCCUAUGAGCUGAUGGAAUUAGUCGCAGAACAAGAAAAAGGGAUCGAGGCAUCCCCCAAUGGAACCAUCUCUCUUCUGAUAGACCUUGCACUUGACAAGCAAGCCACCCCCGCCAUCUCCCAGUUCGUAACCAUCGUCAACUGUCUGACGGCGUAUCUGGACAACAAGCGAUUCCAAGACACCUGCAUAUCGAACAACAUGAUGAGCGACGUGUUGUCCGUGCUCCAACGGUCACUGGACAUCGGAGCCGGUCCGCUCGCCCCGGAAGAGACCCAAGCCCUGGCACAGCUGCGCUUAAAGAUCAACCAGACCCUCUCGGAAGUCUCCGCGUCCCCCGUAUUCGCGGACGUCUACCCCGUCGGCUCGCCGUUGUCACAGACACUGAAGACCUGGUUGAACUCCCCGGAGGACCAGCUCCAGAUCUGCGCCUGCGUGAUGCUGGGCAACCUAGCCCGCUCCGACGAAGUGUGCGAAAUGAUGGUCCGCGAACUCCAAAUCCACAAGAACCUCAUCCAAAUCCUCAAAAGCGACGCCCGCGGCGCCGUCCUCCACUCCGCCCUCGGGUUCCUGAAGAACCUGGCAAUCGCAGGCGACAACAAGCUGGCUCUGGGCGAAGCAGACAUCAUCCCGGCCGUCUCACAUCUCUGGUCGUACGAGACCGUCCCGCAGGUCCAGUUCGCGGCAACCAGCAUCGCCCGCCAGCUGAUCAUCUCAUCUGUCGAGAACAUCACCCGCUUGCUGGAGACGCUCCCCGAGGACCAGACCCAGACGUAUCUGUCUCUGUUGCUGGCGCUGUCUGGGAAGACAGACUCGACUCCCAUCAAGACUGAGAUCGGGCGCAUCGUGGCGUCGAUAUGUCGGACGGUGAUUCCGAAAUCUCGGGAAGAGGAUGCUGCCGCGCGGGGACUGGUUGAGCGUUUAUUUAGCAUGCAUGACGCUGUCGCGCUCCCGCUGGGUGAUAUGAUCGCCCAGACGCAGUGGCUUGUUGUGCGAAGUGAGGGCUGGUUUGCGCUUGCGUUGAUGGGGUCGAGCGAACUGGGAGCUGGGGCUGUGGUGGGCUGUUUGCUGAAGCAGAAUCUGCUUCCGUUGAUAGAGGAAGUCUUGCGAGAGAAUCCUGAGACCGCAGACGAAGCGGAUAGACUCCGGUUGACGAAGGAUCGUGAUAAUAUCAUUGUUCUUGUUCAGGAGUUGUUGAAGAAUGAGACUGUGUCUCUUCCCGAUGACUGGAAAGAGACUGUUCAGACUUUGAUGAAUACGCAUGUCGCCCAGCACUUGAAGAGCAGCUCAGCGUAG